AUGUUUGUUCACGGCAACGUGCUUUACACUGUCACCACUGUCAUUUAGUCGGCAAUGACAAACCCUCGCAGCGUCUGUGUCUGAGCGAAUUUAUUGCUGUAACUCUUAGCGGUUGCUUGCAAUGUCCGUGGUAGCACGGUGAUGUUAGGGUUGAAAAAAUACUUCAAAAAAUUUAAGCGGCUUGUGGGCAAGGCAACCUCGGGCGAGUCUCAGGCCUCGGCAGUGAAACAGGCGCAUGGGCUUGGUGAGCCCGGUGCAGGCUCUGUAAAGCCCGCCCAGCUCCCAGCUGCCCAGCCUGCACUGAACACGGAGGUGGUGAAGACAGAGAAGCAAAUGGCAGCCGAGCCUGCCAAACCCGCCAAAUGGGCAGAGGCAUGCCCUUCGUAUGCGGCCAAAUCAGUCGUGGGGCAGCGUAUGACCAUGGAGGACAGCUGGCAAGCUGUGCCGGAUCUUGUCGUCAUUCCCAAGUGGUGGACGUGCAACGCGGGGGACCACUUGCCCCCGAAUGUGCCGAAGGCCGGGGAAUCUGCUGCCGAGCCGCCCGUGGGUGAUGCAGGUGCAACAGCAAUUCCAACUGAGGGAAACGCAUCUAGCUCAGCACCUGGGUCGGGCAAACCGGAGGACGCUGCGAGCUCAGCCACCCCCGCAACCGACUGCUCGCCGAGCUCUGCGGCCGCGGCGGCAGAUCCAAAGCAGCUGGCAGCGCAGCAUGGGACAGAUCCAGUGACUGUGCACUUCUUCGCGGUCUAUGAUGGGCAUGGAGGUCCUGACGUCGCGAAACACUGUGCGAAGAGCCUGCACGAGAACCUGCGCUCGGUAGUGACGGCGAGUGUAACGGCAGAGGGCCAGCCGGCGUCCGCGCCGCUGCCGACGCCGUCGUCGGCCCCGGCUGGCCUCGCGAGCAGCUCAGCGGAGGCUGCGGGCGCAGCGCCGGCACCCGACGCGCCGGCUGCAGCGGAGACGUGGCCUUUGCGCGUUGACGGCAUUGAGGCGGCGCUUAAGGCAGCCUUCCUGCAUACGGACUCGCAGCUGGCACAAACUCGCAGCGCUCACGAAGUUGGGACAACGGCCGUAGUGUCCCUGGUGACCACCAGGCACCUGUGGGUUGGGAAUUGCGGCGAUUCUCGCGCGCUGCUUUGCCGGGAGCAGGAGGCUAUUGCCCUGAGCCUGGACCACAAGGCCACGCGCUCGGACGAAGUGUCACGUGUGGAGCAGGCGGGCGGCUAUGUGUGGUGGGACCGGGUCAUGGGCGAGCUGGCGGUCAGUAGAGCCAUCGGGGACCACUGCUUGCGGCCUUUCGUCAUUGCGGAGCCGGAGAUCACGUCGGUGCUGCGCCGGCCGGAGGACACGCUGCUCGUCAUGGCCAGCGACGGUCUGUGGGAUGUGUUCACGAACGAGGAGGCGCGCACGCUGGCGCUGGAGAAGUUCAACGGGGAGCUGACCCGCACCUCCAGCAGUAAGAUGGCGGUGAAGAAGGCGGCCAGCUCGCUGGCCAAGGCGGCGCUGGCCAAGGGCUCGCGCGACAACGUGACGGUGGUCGUGGUGGACCUGCGCCAGCCGGGAGGCGCGGGGCACCAUGCCACAGCCCGUGCCAGCGGGGCUGCGACACCCAAUCCGGGUGCAACGGCCGCGGGAUCAGGGCCGACCAUGACAGCUGCCGGGCCGCCGGCCGCCAGUGCGGCACCAGCGCAACCGAAGCAGCAGCCGGCUUCCCCGGUGACGCCCGAGGUAGUGUCGGACGCGGACGACUAAGAAAGUAGCGCGCGGUGUGGCGUUUGCUGCUUUGUGUCGAUCAUGUGUCUAUCAUGAAGUUGCAACGGUCUUCUCGGCCUUUCGUGUGCCGCCUCGCUCUGCUCGGCAAGCCGUAUGUCCAUGUGGUGCCAGGAAUACCACCGGACCCCCUGCGUGUGUCCUUGUUCUUUGUUUGUUGUGUUUGUCGGAAAGUGUGGUGGAAGAGUGGCUUGCUCUUUGUUGGAACGACUGGGCAGGCGGCCGGAGGCCACGGGCUGCCGGCGGGGAAACCUGACACUAGAAGUAAUAACUCGGCUGGUUUGUUUCCGAAGAAGCCAUGUUGUUUUGCAUGAUGUGCAGAGUCAAGCGGGUUUAUUCCCCUGUCAUGUAGAAGCGGAAGGAAGCUCACAGUGCAGGUGACGAUAAGCGAGGCAAUAGGAUUCACCGUACUUGGCAAUGAAGGAUUGGUGUUACGCGUUGGGGCGGUUGGGCUUGCUGGCCUUGCACGCUCAAGCGUUUGUGGAAACCCGAACCAGGCAGUGCGCGCCAUAUGGGCGAUGGUACCGAACGUGUUACAGGUCCUGGCGCUGCCUGUACUGUAUGUGUCUUCGUUGGAUGGAGUGCCUGGGUGCACGUGAAGCCGCGGGCCGAUGGCUGAUAGCGGAGGAGGGUCAGGAAUGCGGGGCGACCGUUGCGAAGCCCCUUAAGUGGCUAGAAGGCCCUGUGUGUAAUGCACACGAUAU